UGGUUGGAGAGCUGUGUGAACGGGGCUGCGCUUCUCGAGGCUCCUCUUCUGUUUUUCUUCAUCUCCUCCGCAAAAAAAAAAGAACGAGAAGAAGAAGAAGAAGCCAAACUAACACACUAUGGAUCCGUGGGAGCAGGAAGCAGUGGCUUUAUUAAUUACUUUCAGAUAGUUUUUUUUUUUUUUUGUGGCCGUGUGGAAGUAAUUACAGAGGCAUUUUUGGAUUUCCAAACUCCUAAGCUUAUUGAAAAGCAAGGGUUGUGGGAAUGCAGUUGGGGAGCAAAUGAAAUGCAACAUAUGACCCACUUCCAAGUCAGAAACUGGGAAUGCGUUAGGUAGCCUUUAAGAAGAAGAGUGACAUUGUUCACACGGGAUAGUUUAUACUUUUUAAAGUUCAGAAGAACUUUUCCUAGCUUUUGUUCUGUUGUGUAUAUCCAGUAAACGAUGGCAGAACAACUUUAUUUUGAAUAAUGUUAAUAUUACUUAUGCUUUCCUGAAUAAUCUCAUCUCCUGAACUCCACUUGGCAGCAAUUACCAGUUUCAGCUGUAGAGAAGAUCUUGUGAUGCUGAGAACCAUGACAGGGACUUACAGCUCCACCAUGAAGACUUUGGAAGAUCUGACCCUGGACUCUGGGUAUGGAGCAGGUGAUUCUUGCAAGUCUCUGAGCCUGUCAUCAUCUAAAUCUAAUUCCCAGGCCUUUAUGAGUGCUAGCCAUCGUGGUAACUGGUGGUAUUAUUCUGGCUCAAUGAAUAGCAGAAACAAUAGCUGGGAUACUGUCAACACAGUCUUGCCAGAAGAUCCAGAAGACAUCUUUUCUAAGUGCUCAAAGCUUCCAGAGUUAGAGGAGUUUCCAUGGAACGAUGAAGAGGUGGGCAGGGUCCUUUGCAAAGGAGCUGGAAAAGGGCAUGUGUUUUCUCAAGAUGCUGUCCGCAGGUUGUCAAUACUCUUACGGAGAGCCCUCAUCCGCAUCUCCAGGGAGGCACAGAGACUCAGUGUCAUGCAUUCCAGAUGCACACGCUUCGAGGUGCAAAGUGCCAUCCGCCUGGUGCUCAGCUGGGCCUUGUCCGAAAACUGUAUCGCAGCUACAGUGAAAGCCAUUUCCCUUUACAGCAUGAGUGCCGGAGAGUGGUUGCGCAAGGGCAAAUCGGAACUCUGUGGGCUAAGAUUUUCGGUUGGACAUUUUUUCCGCUGGAUGGUGGACACCCGCAUUUCAGUACGCAUCCAUGAGUAUGCAGCUAUCUGCCUGACAGCGUGCAUGGAGGGACUGGUGGAGGAGAUUGGAGCGCGUGUUCGUGGAGCACAGCAAGAAAACCCUGACUGGAGUGGUGGUGGGGGUAAUGGGAUCACAGCAGAGGCAUUGGAGGGGGUCAUCAACAACGACGCGGAACUUUGGGGGGUCCUACAAACAUAUGAGCACCUCAUCUGUGGGAAGAAUGCCAAUGGGGUACUUUCAUUACCUGCUCACUUCAGCCCUUACACAGAAGGCUCAGUGAAUCUGGACAAUCGAGAAGAUGCGUAUGCCCACCUGGAACUUCGCACUCUGGAGCAGUCUCUCUUGGCAACUUGUGUUGGCAGCAUAUCUGAAUUGAGUGACCUGGUGUCGAGGGCAAUGCAUCAUAUGCAGAGACUUAGUGCAGUUUGUCCAGGCCUUAGUCCAGUACGGCAGAGCAGGCAACAGUCCAUGUCGUGGUCUCCUGAUGCACUUCAUACUCUGUAUUACUUCCUCCGCUGCCCACAGAUGGAAUCCAUGGAAAAUCCAAACUUGGACCCUCCUAAAAUGUCUCUCAACAAGGAAAGACCGUUUCUGUUGCUGCCUCCUCUGAUGGAGUGGAUGAGGGUCGCUAUUGUUCAUGCUGAGCACCGACGCAGCCUCUUGGUGGACAGCGAUGAUGUCAGGCAGACAGCCCGGCUUUUGUUACCAGGCCUGGAUUGUGAACCCCGCCAGCUCAAGUCUGAGUGCUGUUUCAGUUCCUUCAGGAGACUCGACGCUAAAGCAGCAAGUGACAAGUUCCAGCAGGAUCUGGGCUUUCGAAUGCUUAACUGUGGAAGGACUGACCUCAUAAACCAGGCCAUUGAAUUGCUGGGUACAGAUGGAGUUAACACAAUGGAUGACCAGGGUAUGACUCCUCUGAUGUACGCCUGCUCAGCAGGAGAUGAAGCCUUGGUACAGAUGUUGAUUGACGCUGGAGCGAACCUUGAUAUUGCAGUUCCAGGUUUUUCACAGAAAUACCCAUCUGUUCAUCCAGAUUGUCGUCACUGGGUGGCUUUGACAUUUGCAGUUCUACAUGGGCACAUUUCUGUGAUUCAGCUCCUUUUAGAUGCUGGUGCCAAUGUGGAGGGAUCAGCCAUUAGCAAUGGGGAGGAGAGAUAUGCAGAGACUCCUUUGCAGCUGGCAUCUGCAGCAGGUAACUAUGAAGUGGUGAAUCUUCUCCUAUCUCGAGGGGCUGACCCUUUGCUGAAAAUGCAUGAUGGCAGUGGCCUAACAUCGUCUCUUUAUGAAGAAAUGAACUGUUUUAGUCACGCCGCAGCCCAUGGACACAGGAAUGUGCUGAGGAAACUGUUAAGCCAGCCUCAGCAGUUAAAAGGAGAUGUUUUAUCCCUGGAGGAAAUUCUGGCUGAAGGGGUGGAAGCCGAGCUGCUGGUCUGCCGGCCUGUUAGCCCCAGUGAAGGCCAGCUGAAGCUGUGCAAAGCCCGCAUGAAGGCCCUGCAAGAAGCCACUUACUACAGCGCAGAACAUGGCUAUCUAGACGUCACUAUGGAGCUUCGAGCUUUAGGGGUGCCCUGGAAGCUGCACGUGUGGAUCGAGUCACUGAGGACGUCCCAUCAGCAGUCACAGACCUCUGUUACACUCAGUCUUCUGCGCGAGUUUGACACCAUAAAGGAAGAAGAUUACUGUGAAGAGCUGAUCACUGAAGGCCUUCCCCUCAUGUUCAACAUAAUGAGAAGUAGCAAGCAGAAUGAUGAAAUUAACAAGCAGUUGGCCUCCAUCUUUUGCCAUUGUUAUGGCAAUAGUCCUCUACCCACAAUUCCUGAAAUCAAGAAGACACUUCCAGCCCAGCUAGAUCCCCAUUUUCUGAACAACCCAGAAAUGUCAGACAUUACCUUCAUAAUAGAAGGAAAACCUUUCUAUGGGCACAAAGUGCUUCUGAUCACAGCUUCUAACAGGUUCAAAUCCCUGAUAAACUACAGCGAAACUGAUGAGAAUCAGGCUGGACGGUGCAUCCAAAUCAGUGAAACUUCAUACAAGACAUUUCAGCUGAUGAUGACUUACCUGUACUGUGGAGCAGUUCAGUCCAUAACGAUGCCAGUGUCCAGUCUCCUCGAGCUCCUGUCAGCCGCGAGUCUCUUUCAACUGGAGAUGCUCCAGAGACACUGCGAGAUACUCUGCGCUCAGAAUAUCAACCUGGACAAUGCUGUCAAUGUUUAUUGGAGUGCCAAGAUGCACAACGCUGCUGAGCUGACUUCAUUCUGUGAAGGCUACUUCUUACAGAACAUGCCAAGCCUGCUGGAACAAGAGAUCUUCAAGACCCUCCUGUUUGGGAGGAACAGCAGAGUGCAGGGCUUGGAGGCCAUCGAAGAUCUCGAGAGGACGCUGGCCAAGAGGAUGCAUUCCGUCUACGUCACCUCCAGGGUGUAAGCAGUGGGCGAAGCAGCCAGGGUGUGUCUGAUGAGACGAACGUGUGCAGAAGGUGCCCUGAAGAAGUGCCCGCUUCAGAACAGAUGCUGAAGUCCUAUCACUUUUAUUUAUGAAAUUGAAACUUCAACUUAAUUUAUGUCCAUGAGACUAAAAUUGGUCAAUUACUGCCGGCGACUUUGUGAGGUAAAGAUCUUUAUGUCCAUUUAGUCACACGUGACUGUCAGUGAUGCGAGGUCAGCAGCUCAAACGCGGCCGUUUUCACGGUUGGAGGUUUCCCUGCUGCACGCUCAGCAGCUCACCGAGUACCCGAUUAGUUAGCCAUUUACUGACAUCGCCACAGAAGAAGCUGGCCACACGUAACAAGAGGCAUUUCGUACACUUUAGUAAACUACGGCCAUCUCUCCCACGGGGAGCGCACACUCUUCAGUCCCCAGCCCGGCAGCAGGUUCUUGGGGUGUUAAACGCGGAGACGUGUCAAGUGGAGGAUAGAGAAGAGUCGAGAUUUGGGGGGGCCGGGACAACCACCCACCAGUUCAUAACGCCUAACGAUUUGUAUUUUACAUGGACUUGAAAACUAAAAGCUAAAGCAAUAAAUACUACAGGCAAGCAGGACUUGACUUUCAGAGUUCAUCUGUGCAAAAGAAUUCUGGGAACGCACACACACACACAAACGUGUAGACUUCCAGAAAGCCGCAAUUUAUUCAAAGCUUUAUUUUUUCAAUAUUUAUAUAAAAUGUACAUUUUUGGUUACUUGCUAAUGUUCAUUUCGUUAUAUAACAGGUAGUAGACAGGAAUAAAGCUGAUUUUACGUAAUACUUUAAUUAAUCCUCCGCACAUAUUCACCCCCUGCCUGAACUUUUAUGGCUUUUCAGAGUUGGCGUUUUCAGCACUGCAGCCAACAGAUAAAAACCGUGAAUUGUUUUGCAACAGCCAAGCGCAGUUCUGCUUCAUUUAAUUAGUUUGAAUUUCAGAAUGCAGGACGAGACACGCAUGACAGCCCUGAAAAUAUCAAUCGGGAAAUUAAACGGCCCACUGAGCUUUGCAUUUUUUGUUCUGUAUAUGAGUGACACCCACUGGACACGAAGGGCAUAGCGGCUGAUUAUUGUUUCUGGAUUAUUAGUCAGUCAGUCAUUAUCCAACCCGCUAUAUUCUAACUACAGGGUCAUGGGGA